UGCAGGAGACAGAAGACACGUCGGCAUCAGGCCCAAUACCAGAAUUUGGAAAUGCAGAAAAUUUGCCACCCUGCAUUAGGAAACGUCUUUGGGAGCUAUUUUGAAAACCAACUUCCUAUUUUAGCCCGUAUAGUAUUUUGAGUGCUGCGCGGAAAGGAAGAGCUUAAGGGAGGGAACAGUGCAAUAUGUGCAGAAAUUGCUAAAAGAGUGUCUAAGGAAGGAAGACGCAUGGCCGUUCACAGCUCAAUCAAUGGGACAACAGCCAUCCCCUGGAGGAGCAGCAGGAGGAGGCUGACGCUCCUGGAGCAGCUGAGCAGGUGUCAGGAUGCCUGGUCCCCCGGUGCUCCCUGGGACCGGGGGAUGGCCCACGCUGCUGUCUCUGGGUCUCCUGCUGGCAGUUUCCUGGUUGUGCGAGACUCCGUGACUUCGCAGCCCAGCCUGCUGUGUGUGUCUGCGGGGGGACAGAAUGACCAGGUCCUUGACUACGGUAUCAAGUGCACAGGCACAGUGCUCCAGCUGUCUGACUCUCAUCUGUCCUUCUCCGACUUGCCCCAGCUGGUGUUUUUCUACUCUCUGACCAGGGAUGUGUUGGAUGUCUGUCUGUCCGUCCCACACUGGAUCUACAGCAUGACCGAUACGAAUCGUCUCUCUCAGCUUGAACCCGAAACUUGGCUUUCCACACCGACCGAGCAGCAGACCGAAGAGAUUAGCCACAUGGAGCCGAACACCAUGAUGUGUUCAAUACAGCUGACCUCCACCAGUGGUGCCCUGUGCAUCAUCAAUCCUCUCUACCUGCGUGAACACGGAGACGAGUGGCUGACCCACAGGACCGCCCAGCCUCCGACUUACAGACGAGAGCGACGUCUCAGCAGCACCCGGACAUGGGCCGGGGCGGGCGUGCAGAGCAAACGGACCAUCUCCCUGGACCAGGAAAGCUCCGCCGCCUGGACAGAAAGCUCCGGUCUAACUCGAGCCAGGUCAGCUGAUUCUUCCACCACCCCGAACACCCCGGUAGGGGUGGUCCUCCGGAGGCCCAGCCGGGACCUUGCCAUGAACCCCCCCCAGAGAGCGACAGGGAGCCGGUCCACGCCCUCCAGCCCCCGGAGCGUCACGCCCGAGCCGCAGCGCCACAGCAGCCCCAUGCCCACGUCUCCUCACAGGGUGUCCUGGAUCGAAGAUGGAUUCUGGCUGCCCCCCCCCAGGCCGUCCUCCCUGCUCCAGCCCCCGGAGCUCGACUCGCUGUCCGUCAGCAGCAUGGAGGACGAGCCGGACUCGCUGGUCCCCGGCCCCGCACCCCACCACACGUCGGCCAACCGCCUGGCCGAUAAGCUGAAACACCGGAUCUCGGCGGUGGGCCAGGCACUUGGUGGACUGGUGUGCCAGAAGAAAAAACUGACCAAUCGUGUUAAGGAGUUGAGUGAGAAGAAAGGCGGGGCAUUCGCAGAAGCUGUGAAAGCUUUUGUGGACUCGAUGCUGAAGGCGGGGAGCGACCCCAGCGGGGUGACCGUGUCUGAGUUCCUACAGGACCUGAGGUCGUCGCUGACGUCGCUGAGGGAGACGCUGCUGGACACUACAGACUUCCAGGCAUUACUGGACAGCAUUACUGACUUCAAUGACUCUGAGAUCGACUACUUCGUGGAGCUCUCCCUCCAUAAAGUAGCUCUGAAGCCCAUCGCUGCACACCUCUACACCUGCAUCCACAACUUACGGACCAAAGACAACACCUUUGAGCAUCUCACGAGCAACCAGCGGGUGUUGGAGAAGAAAGGGGUGGAGGAGCUCGGGGGAACAGCCGGCGCUGGAGUACCUGAUCCCGUCACCCUCGAGCGGAUACAUCACAAAUGGACUAGUAUGCAUGAGACCUACUCCCCAAGCAAGAAGGUCCAGAUUGUGCUCAAAGUGUGCAAGACGAUUUAUCACAGCAUGAGUGCCAAUGCCAGCUCAGCAGGUACAGCUUUUGGAGCGGAUGACUUCCUGCCCUGUUUGACGUGGGUGCUGCUCCGUAGCAACUUGGUCACCUUGCAGGUGGAUACAGACUACAUGAUGGAGCUGCUGGACCCCACACAGCUGCAGGGAGAGGGUGGCUACUACCUUACAACCCUAUACGCCUCUCUCUACUACAUCAGCAGUUUCCAGCCGCGAGUGGCCGCCCGUCAGCUCAGCGUGGAGGCCCAGAAGUCCAUCAACCAGUGGCAUCGCAGGCGCACCCUGCACUGCAACCAGUCCCGUCGCAGCAAGAACCGGCGGACGAUUCGCAGGCUCUGCCGGGAAGCUGCAGUGCACAAGUCUGAGACAGAAACUGGGAAUAAAGAAAACGCCACUGACGAUGUUGACACGGUAGAGCAGCCGACAGGACGCACCACAGAGGAUCUGUCGGUGUGUGAGGAGGAGACGGAGAGCGAACAAGAACUCAACAGCCAAACAGACACCACUGAUGGUCUUAAUGCAGCUGCGGGAGAGGACUAGUGAGGAUUGUAAUGAAGAGGAAACAGAGGGUUUAAGCUGGAGAGCAUAGCUGCCUGUCAGUCACACGCAUGGAGAAUUCAUCAAAGCAUUUCCACUGAGUCAAGGAAAAACAACUGAAACUGUUCAAGUCCUCCCAAUGUGAAGUUUUUAACACACUCAUGUGGGCGUGAGGGCUGGGGUCUAUCGGAAACCUGAGCUUGCCUUUACUAUCAUAUAUGGAGCUCCAUAAACAUGGUGUUUAUGCAAAUACAUAUUUAAGUGGUGCAUAUUUAAGCACCAUAUGAGCUUGGUAAUUGAUCACAUUGAUCAAUCAGUAUGUCGCCAGUUAUUGGCUAUGAAUCCAAUCUUAUUUCAGCAAAUAUAAACAUGCUUAUAUGUUACAUCUGAUGCAGGAAAUGGUGAUUAACUUAGAGCUUUUUUUUUUUUUUAAUGGUAAAGUAAAAUUGUAUUUGUGCCAGAAUAGAUAAUAUGAAAUUCAUAUUCUGUAAUGAGAGUACGAUAAUAAA